UGUUAGCAGUUAGCCAGUAGAAAGCCGGCAGCGCCGCUGGAUAGGACGCUGAUCGGCGUUCUAGACGCGUUCUCUAGAGCGUAUGCUUUUUGGUUCACUAGCUUGCCAUAACAGUAUUGUUUUGUUCUAUGAGUAUGAACUUUCCUCCAGUUACACGGUCGACGCUUAAAUGGCCGUUUGCUUAGAGAUUUGUACGAACAACAGCGAAGCUAGACAACGGCCGGUUAAGGAUGGCCAUCGGUGGAGAAGUAAAAUUGCCCCGUGCUUUUAUCACUGCUCUCGGCAGCUAACUAGGCCCUCACAAAGGGAAUAUUUGAAUGGAGUUAAUCAAAUUGGUGUUAACGAUGUGAUGAUCGUGUGUGCAACAAGUGCGACAUGGUUAGAAAACAUGGCGGAAGUUGAUUAGUUUUUCAUUAACUUAUUUAACUUGCAACUAGCAUUAAAUCAUCGGUCGAAAUGGCCCUUCUGCUAUAAAUUGAAUAUUGCUAUGUUAAUCAAACGUGAGAGCCUACUGAGAUAAUGUAGACAAACACAAUGGCAGAUAUUGUUAUUGGCUCCUGCGCGUCGAUUAUCGCUACGGUAGUAGUGCAUCCGGUUGAUGUUGUCAAGAUACGGAUUCAAAUGCAAGGUGAACUCAAGAGAAGGGGUCAAUACAAAGUAUAUUACCGCAGUGUACCACACGCUAUAACACAAGUGAUCAAGUAUGACGGAAUACGUGCGAUAUAUCGGGGUAUUUUUCCAGCCGCAGGGUAUCAGCUGAUCUCACAGGGCCUCCGUCUUGGACUUUUCCAAUCCAUCGAAGAUUUGGGUUUAACUAGGAACGAAAACAUGGAAUCAUCGAUACCGCUGUCAGCACUAUCUGGGGCUGCGUGUGGAGCAAUAAGCGCCUUUAUCGCCAGCCCCCUGUUUAUGGUUAAAAGCCUCAUGAUGAUACGGUCUGCCAGCAAGAUUGCGGUCGGCUACCAGCGAAACUACACAGGAACAAUGCAUGCCCUUCGGGAUAUCUAUGGAACACAUCGCCUACGAGUAGGCCUCUGGCGAGGCACUGUUUCAAAUGUGCUUCGAAUCGCCGUGGGUUCAUCGCUCCAACUUAGCACCUAUGUCGGGAUGAAAGAUCUACUUUUUCUGUCGGUCGACUACAAUGAAAGAUAUUUACUGUUUAAUACGCUACUUGCGGCCUUCGUAUCGUCAUUGAUUACCUCACCAAUUAUUGCGUCUUUAGACCUGAUACGGGCGCGUAUUUACGUGCAACCAAUUCAACACAAUGGUCGGGGCGCCUACUACAAAGGUAUAUGGGAUUGCGCACGUCAAAUAAUUCAUAAUGAGGGCUUUAGCGGUCUCUGGAAAGGCAGCACAGGUACUUUCCUGUACGUUCUACUAACUUCCACGAUUACUCUUGUAUCGUGGGACGAAGUUAAACACGUUCGUCACGAAAGACUCAACUCACGCGACUAUGUCAUCGAUUUUGGUUAUCAGUGAGACCAGUUAGAAACAGAAAGAAUUUCUUCCUAACACGAUACGACCUGUUCGCAAAUAACUACUGCAGCGCGUUAUCUAUCGCCAUACAGAGCCUAGGCCGACUGACCGAAUUCGUGAUCAUGUGUCGAAACAGAACGUGCAUGGCUGACCCAGACAUAUGCUCCUACGCUAGGACCUAUGACGACUUCACUUUCACCCACCGAACUCGCCUCUCGACAAUAGCGGUUAUCACACUCAAACUGCUACAAUACCAAGGCGUUUUACAAAAUGAUCUAUCUUCGGUUUUGCACUUCGGUAACAAGCUACCUAUUUUUGGUAAUGGUUAAUAGAAAGCCAACGGUACGAUUAAAACGCAGCUCAAAGAGAUAAGCCUCUAUUUGGCUCAUUGGGAAAUCAACACUUCAUUCAAGGCUGUAAUUUUUCGGGAAGUAUUUACAAAGAGCCAAGUCUUAUCAAUGAAUGUAUAUUAUA